AUGAUUACAGUGUACACUGUUGAGUCUGAAAGCAAAUAUUUGGUUGCAGGGAAGGAUCAGCCAGUUAUGGACUGGGCAACCAGGCUUCGUAUUGCAUUGGGAUCGGCCAAAGGGCUUGCUUAUCUUCAUGAAGACUGCCACCCACGAAUUAUCCAUCGCGACAUCAAAGCUGCUAAUAUUCUUCUCGACAAUAAUUGUGAAGCCAUGGUGGCAGAUUUUGGAUUGGCUAAACUGUCUUCAGACAAUUACACUCAUGUCUCCACUCGUGUCAUGGGAACUUUUGGGUACUUGGCUCCAGAGUAUGCAUCAAGUGGCAAGCUAACAGAAAAGUCUGAUGUUUUCUCAUUUGGCGUCAUGCUCUUAGAACUCAUAACUGGGCGGCGACCUGUGGAUCCCACAAGUAAAUUUAUGGAAGACAGUUUAGUGGACUGGGCUAGACCCCUUCUAACAAAAGCACUGGAGGAUGGUAACUUUGAUGAGCUCGUGGAUCCACGCUUGGAAGGUAACUUCAACCACAAUGAGAUGGCACGCAUGGUAGCCUGUGCUUCAGCCAGCAUUUGUCAUUCUGCUAGAAGGCGCUCGAAGAUGAGCCAGAUAGUUCGCGCACUGGAUGGAGAUUCAUCACUGGACGACUUGAACGAGGUAGUGAAGCCAGGCCAGAGCACUGCCUUCAACGCUAAAGGAACCGCCCAGGCUUACGAUACUGGUGCAUACAAUGCUGACAUGAUGAAGUUCAGGAAAAUGGUUAUGUCAAGCCAGGAAUUUGCAAGCAGCGAAUACGGAGGAACAAGCGAGUAUGGACUCAAUCCAUCGUCUUCAAGCAGCGACUCCAGAGAGAUGGAUCAUUCCGGGCAUCAGAGGCAGAAACUUUAG